AUGUUUUUCCACGUUGCUUUCCUCUUCAUUCUUCCUCUUUUGGCUGCCUCAUACCAUCAAAACGCUAGCGACAUCCACGCGUUAUUUGGGCCCAGCCUUUCUUCUGAGGCUGAGAUUUUGUUGCCCUCCUAUGCUAACUACACUGAAGAGGUGCAGCAGCGAUGGUCCAGAUGGGCAGAACCUUCCUACAUUGGUGCCAUCAAGGUUGCAACCGUUCAAGAUGUCCAAAACAUUGUCAAAAUAGCGAGUGCGAACAAGAUACCAUUCCUUGCGACUGCUGCUGGACAUGGGGCCUCACUCACCUACAGCGCCGUGCAUGAUGGCAUCGAUAUCGAUCUCAGCUAUCUGAGAUAUGCAAACCUAGACGCACCGAAUAAUCUUGUCACCAUUGGCGGAGGAACCAAGUUUCUGGAGGUUUGGGAUGAGCUGCAAUCCGCUGGGAAGGAAAUCCAAACCGGUACAGCUUCAUGCGUUGGCACACUUGGCGCGACCUUAGGUGGUGGAAUUGGCAACCUCCAAGGCCUUCACGGCCUGAUGAUAGACGCGCUUGUAUCCGUGAAACUAGUCACAGCCAGUGGCGAUCUUAUAACGGUAUCAGGCCAAGAGAAUGCUGACCUUUUCUGGGGUAUCCGUGGGGCAGGCUUUAACUUUGGGAUUGUCACAGAGGCAACCUUCAAAGUUUACGAUACAACAAAUAACGGACAAGUUAUGGAAGGUGAUCUCUUAUUUCCUGCCAGUGCAAAUCGCUCAAUCUGGGAGAUCAUCAAGUCCUAUGAUGAUACGCUUCCUGCCGAGCUCUCGUUGGUAACCGUCGUGACCUAUAACAGAACAGCUGGUGAGCCGAGAAUUAUUUUGAAUGUCGUCUACUAUGGCCCGCAGGAGGAAGCCAUGCCCUAUCUAGAACCCUUUUUGGAACUCAAUCCGCUCCGAACCAACAUUACUAUGGUCCCUUGGAAUAGGCUUUACGCGGCCCUCUUUUUUGCCGCCCCAUCAACGGCAUGCUUGGAGAAUCAGUACCUCAACAUUGCUGGUCAAGGUCUUAGGCAGACUGAUGUGUCUACCUAUGAAUCAUUCUUCGCUGACGUGGCAACUUUUUACCGUCAGCAUCCGGAGAUCAACGGAACCUUUGUUGCUUCCCGAUUCCCAAAUCAAGCCGUGUUGGCGGUCCCGGAUGAGGAAACUGCAUAUCCAUAUCGUGAUAUUAAGAUGCACUUGCUUUAUCAAAACAUUUAUCCCAACAAUUCUACUCUGGAUCAGAUCGUCGAUUCCUUCCUGGUUUCAUCGCGCAACAAAUUCCAGACAACGAGUGGCUACGAAAGCUUUACAAUGUACGGCAACUAUGGCCAUGGCGAUGAAGGCCCUGGGGUGUGGUAUGCACCACGAAAGCUCAAACGUCUCGCACGUCUGAAGCGGAAGUGGGAUCCGGAUCAGCUUUUCAAUUUCAACAAUCCCUUGCCGCUGCACUGGUCAUGA